AUGGAGACGCACUGUGCAGUCAACCACCCGAGCCUCGAGCCUCAGACACGUUUCCUCGGUUUCUCGACGAAGAUGCUUGGACUAGAGAGGUCGAGCGUCUCCUCACCUGGCCAGGGCCGAAUGACAGGUUGGCCAGCUGACAAGGUGUUGGCCAGCCUUUCACGGAAGACGGGGGACGACAACUUCAUUCUCUUACAGAACUCCCACCAGCGCAAUCAGGUCGCCACAAGCAGGACUGAGACUUCGACGAAAAUGGAAGAGUCGCCAUGGGAGAGCCAAAGGCCGGAUUCCGUGCUGCCGCACGACUCAGAUAUGCAAGACGGUCUGAGGAUGGCAACGGAAGCCAUGCAAGCAGCGGCUGAUGCGAUGACCGCCGCGACUGCAUCGUUUCGACGGCAGACUCUACUGCAUGAAGAGUUCUCCUCAAGGCGGACAACAUCAUUGCCUCAUCGACAUCCAGAAGACGAGCAUGAUGAACCCAGAGCGGAUCCACCAACAACUUCAAGCCGGGGUCGAGUUAUGUCAAUCCAGCAAUUGGUGGCAGCACUAUCUCAAGAAGACCACCCACAAUCACAGGAUGAUCACAACCCAGAAGAUGGAGAUAUUGCGUCUCGACUUCCAGAGGAUUUGACACCCCCGAUGUCUCGUCAAGAUGGCCAUCUUCCAGCCACAUUUGUGCAGCCUCCGCCACGUCUGUCUACUCAGGCGAGCCGUCUGUCGUCAACGACCCGGCGGAUGAGCCACCAGAACUUGAGAGGAUCAUCUCGGAGGACCACAUUGUCUGAGGGCUCUACUAUGGUCAGUAAGAGCUCAGCUGCGGGAGCUGGACAGUGGCGUAUGCCUCCCGAGGCUUUUCACAAGGCGCUCCCUUCGUGGCCGAUACAGCCUGUAUACGAAGAGCAGUAUCCUUAUACGCCGGAACAAGAGCCUUACGACAAGUCACGAUCGAGCUUCUUCCAAGACUCGGAGCAGAACAGUCGUUUCUCUACAACACGAUGGCCUCUGGAACAUCCACCGCCGGGUAUAAUUUCUGGCGGUUCCAAAGACGUGGAUGGAGCUCGGGACGAAUAUUUCUCCCCCGUUCUCAGGAUGGGCAGGUAUACCUACAUCCGAACCGACACAGGCGAUCUCGCAUCCAGGGAGGUCCUCUUCGUCGCGGUCAUAAUCCUCGCCCAGGUACUCAUGCUAGCUGGGCUAGCCCAGGCCCUCGUCCCACAGCACAUCAUCGGCACCUCAUUCCCGGAUACGAACCCCGGGAGUCUCUCGUGGUACUCAGCCGCCUACGGGCUGACCUCAGGGUCCUUCGUCCUCCCAUCCGGCCGACUGGGAGACAUAUUUGGGCACAAGAAGGUCUUCAUCAUAGGGUUCAUCUGGCUCGGGCUGUGGGAGCUCGUCGGCGGGUUUAGCGAGUAUGUCCAGCGCGGUCCAUCCGGGGGCGGUACGGUCUUCUUCAUUUUCUGCCGCGCCAUGCAGGGCAUCGGGGCGGCGCUGCUCGUUCCUAACGGCCAGGCCAUGAUCGGCCGGGGGUACCCGCCAGGCCCCAGGAAGAACGUCGUCAUGAGCCUGUUCGGCGCUGCGGCGCCGCUUGGUUUUGUGACGGGCGGUGCCAUGGCGUCCCUUUUUGCGCAGCUGGUGUCGUGGCCGUGGGCAUUCUGGACCAUGGCGGCAGUCUGUAUCGGGCUUGCGGGCGUCUCGGUGCUGGUCCUGCCCUCCGCGGAGAAGACGACGAGACAGGUGGACGUCAGCCUGUGGAAGCAGAUUGACGGCCCGGGCAUCUUCCUGGGCGUAUCGGGACUGGUUUUGUUCAACUUCGCCUUGAACCAAGCGCCGAUCGUCUCGUGGAGCACGCCUUACACGUACUUCAUCCUUAUCAUUGGGGUGCUGCUCCUGGCGAGCUUCAUCUACGUUGAGCUACACGCGUCCCACCCUCUAGUCCCCAUCGCGAGCAUGACGCCGACCACGAAUUUCGUGCUGGGCUGUACCGGGGCUGGGUGGGCAUGUUUCUCGAUCUGGGUAUACUACGCAUUGAGCUUCAUGGAACAGCUUCGAGGCUACUCACCCCUGCUCGCCUCGGCAGCCCUGUCGCCUGCGCCAGUGUCGGGGCUUGCAGCGUCGAUGCUGGCAGGCUUCCUGCUCGGCAAGAAGGUCAAGCCGUACAUUAUUUUGUUGAUGAGUAUGUGGGCGUUCUUUGUGGGCAGCCUUCUCUGGGCUCUCGCGCCCGUUAAACAGACUUAUUGGCUGAACUCGUUCAUCGGGGUCUUGAUCAUCCCGUUUGGGAUGGACAUGUCGAACCCAGCGGCCUCGAUCCUGCUGAGCAAUAGCAUGGCCAAGGAGCAUCAGGGCACCGCGGCCAGCCUCGUGGUGACGACUGUGAACUACAGCAUCUCGCUGGCGCUGGGCAUCGCGGGGUCUGUCGAGGUGGCAGCGAGAGGGCGCCGGAGUGAUGUGUUAGCUGGCUACAGGGGUGCGCAGUAUUUGGGCCUGGGUUUGGGAGGUUUGGGCUUAUUGUUGGCUGCGGUGUUUGCAUUGCGAUCGAAGAAGAGGACCUCGCAUGUGGCCGAGGCGGGGGCGAAGGCAGGGUAG